AUGGGCUCUUCGCAAUCAGCCAACCCGUCCGGCCCUGGACAAGAUGCCGAAAAGUCUCUAUACAGAAAGUACCAGGACAAAAAGGGCCCCCGGCCCAUCAGCGACGAGGACAUUCUCAAGUACACGGGGAAAACAAGGGACGCGCUCAAGGACUGGGCCGACAACCAGCCCGGCGUGGGCAAGAAUCAGCUCGCAGGCAAGCUGGCGAUUGGCAAUGCCAGCGGCCUGGGCGGAGCGGCUGCAGGCGCAGGAUAUGGAGGCUGGGGCCCGAGUGCUGAGCCGCAAGGCGCAAAUCGCGGUAUGAAGUUCCCGCCGCAGCGUCUCGAGUCCAAGCCCGGGGUUGUAGACGAGUAG